CGCGGCUCUGCCCUUUGCCCAGCACCGUGGGGGGGCAAAGUCCGUACCAGGGGGGGGAGCGGAGCCGCCCGUGAGCUCUGUGGGACUGCGGGCAGAGGUCACCGGAUGGCAGUGCCGUGAGCCCCCCGGGGAUGGGCAAGCGGCUGCUGGUGGCCUACGGGCUGUGGGCGCUGGGGGGGCCGCUGGGGCUGCACCACCUCUACCUGGGCCGCGACAGCCACGCGCUGCUCUGGAUGCUGACCCUGGGCGGCUUCGGCGCCGGCUGGCUCGGGGACUUGUGGCACCUCCCCGGCUGGGUGGCCGCCGCCAACGGGGCCGGGCCCCCGGGGCAGCGCGUGGGGAGCGUGCCGGCGCUGAGCGCCCUGCGGCUGGCGGGGCAGGUGGCGGUGGGGACGUAUUUCGGGCUGGCGGCAGCGCUGGCGCUGCCCUGGGUGCCGCAGUUGCUGGCGCAGCCGCUGGCCGUGGGGCUGGGGGUGCUGCUGGUGUCCUCGGUGGGCGACCAGGCCUCCGAAGCAGCCCAGAUCUUCUCCGCGGCCUUCCUCGCCUCCCUCCUCUUCCAGGGCCGGGUGCUGGCAGUGCUGCCCUCCAGUUUGGCCGCCAGCAUCGCCGCCCAGCGCCGCCGGCGCUAUAAACGCCCCGGGGCGCCCCGGCCGCGGUUGCCGGCCCGGCUUUACCACCUGGGGCUGGCCUACUUGGCCUUCGCCGCCCCGCUCGCCUACGGCGUCCUCAGCGGUGCCGCCGGGGUGCUGGGUCCCCCGUUGCGUUGGCUCGGGGCCCUCCCGGCGCUGCCCCGCGCCGUGGCCGAGCGGCUCCUGCUCCUGCCCCUGCGUGCCGGCCGCAUCCUGGCCGAGCUGCUGGGUUUUGUCAGCCCCUAACCCAGCGGCUGGAGCGAGAGGAGGCAGCGAGCCUACAAGGUCCUGGGCAUCCCACCAGGCGCCGCCCCCGAGGACGUGCACAGGAGCUACCGGGAGCUGGUGAAGCUCUGGCACCCCGACCACAACCGGCACCGGGCCGAGGAGGCCGAGAGGCGUUUCAUCGAGCUGCAGGAGGCCUACGAGGUGCUGGCGGGGCCCAGGAGGGCCGCAGGGGGGGUGAUGGGGCUGGCAGACCCCAGCCCAUGGAGACCAAAGGCUGCUGGAAGGGGAUUCUGGAACACGAGGAUGGCUUCAGGCUGCUGCCGUUGUGUCUCUGCUCUGCGCGAUGCGGUGCUGGGGCCGGCACCCUGCAAACCAGCACAGGGGGAGUCCAUCAGCCGGCGGAAAAGGGAUGUGCAAAACUUUGCACCAGGAUCUGUGCAAAACAUUGCACUGGGGUUCCUGCAAACCAUUGCAACAGGGGCUGAGCAAAACAGUGGCACCAGGGUCCAUGCAAACCAUUGCAUGAGGGUCUGUGCAAACCAUUCCACCAGGGCUUGUGCAAAACAUUGCAUGAGGGGCUGUGCAAACCUUUGCACCAAGGGCUGUGCAAACCAUUGCACCGGGGUCCGUCCAAGUCAUUGCACCAGGGUCUGUGCAAAAUAUUGCACUGGGCUUCUGCAAACCACUGCAAGAGGGUCUGUGCAAACCAUUACACCAGGACCUGUGCAAACUGUUGCACCAGGGUCUCUGCAAACCAUUGCAUCGGGGUUCGUGCAAAUCAUUGCACCAGGGCUUGUGCAAAACACUGCAUGAGAAUCUGUGCAAACCUUUGCACUAAGGGGCUGUGCAAAACGUUGCACAAGGGUCUGUCCAAACCAUUGCACUGGGGUUCGUGCAAAUCAUUGCACCAGGGUCUGUGCAAACCAUUGUACCAGAGUUUGUGCAAACCAUUCCACCAGGGCUUGUGCAAACCAUUGCACUGGGGUUCGUGCAAACCAUUGCAAGAGGAUCUGUGCAAACCGUCACACCAGGGCUCAUGCCAGGCGCUGCAGGGGGCUCCGCACCCCACUGGGUGCCCCCAGCCAGGGCCAGACCCGGGCGGGGCCUGGGUGGCGGCCCCGGGUCUCGAACCCGCGGCCUCUCGAGCUCCGCCCUGGCCGCCCCGCCGCUCGGCACUUUCCGGAACGCGCUCGGGCGUUUCCGGCGCGGGGCGGAGGCUCUCGGCAGUUUCCGUCCACGUUCGGCGCCGGCCGCCCCG